UGUCAUACCAACUAGGUUUCGUGAAUCCAAUAUCAAAAUAACCCACCCGGUCCGGCUUGCGCUAGAUACAUGACUGUAUUUCAACCCGGGAAUAGAUGUACUAUGGCAUCCGAUGCCUUUUUCAACUUUGGCGAGAUCGCGAAUAUAUCUAUCUGGAGUCUGUUCUCCCGUCUUUAUUAUGUCAAUAAAAGAAAUUCAAAGUUCACACCCAAACACGUUUCUUCCGUGUCAACUCCCGCCGAUACUGGAUGUAAUCGACGUCCGUCACGCGCAUACCAGUCAGUAGGUCUGAAGUUCAAGGUCCCCUUGGUGCAUCAGACACACUAGCUCCUCUUAAGGCGCAGCGAGUAUGGGAGGAUAUACAGUUGUCGUUGCAAGGAUGUAUUUAUGAGGGAGGCAGAUCUAACAUCAUCUCGUCUCAUCUCGUCGGGAUCAUUCCAUGUGGGAAAGUGGAUUGUGAGUUGCGAACAUACACAUGAGACGAGACGAGACUGGUGUGUAUGGACGAUACUAGGAUCGGGUCAACAGAUCAACCAGAUGUCGGCAAUGUUUCGGUCGCAGGAUAUAGAUCUUAUGAUUGGGGGGACUUUC